AUGGAGCGCAUGAAGGGAUUCGCGCAGAGGGGGUUACUCGCUCGACGGGAAGGCCAGACCGACGGCCCAGGGUUGCUAGAACGGCUCGAGUGGAAUGUGCAGCAGGACCCGGAGUUGGAGGGCUAUUCAAAGGUCGAGAUUUUUCGACGGCAUCGCGCCCUCGUGAACUCUCACGUCGGCUACAAACCGGGCAAUGUGCAGCAUUGCUUUCCCUUAAUCGUGGACAAGGAGGCACUGGACUCUGUGGUGGACGGGACGCCGCCGAGCUGCUUGACAUGA